AUGGCGUUUCUGCUUGUAGACAGUCUACCACACAACAAUAGCAGAUUUCAUAUUGCGAUUAAGGCCUUGAAGCUUCUGCUUAUAUUAGCAGUCCUUAUUUCGAGUCUGCUAAUGGUAAAAGGCUCCUUGAUGCCUUAUUCGUGUGAAAUAGUUCUGUCGAGUCUAGUGGGAUUUUGGAAGUCCUGCAAAUGCUUCUUGUCUUCUUCUCUCUACAUAUGCAUAAUCAUCAACUUCAUGGUUUUGUUGAUAGCAGCUUCUUCCAGUCUACAACGACACGAAACUGAUAAUCAUGAUGGUAUUGUUGAUGUUGAUGAGGAUGUGAAUAUCGAUAAAUCUCCCUUGGUAUCACCGCUGCCGCUGCCGCCGCCACCACCCCCACCACAGAUUAUGAACGAAAACCCGCCUCGGGAUGUGAGUGAAGUAGUAGCAUCACAACCAACAACAAAAACAAAGAAGACUUUAUACCAAGGUGAUCAUAGUCCUCCACAAAUUUGGCAAGAUGUUAUAGAUCAAAUUUGUGUUGAUAAAAGAGGUAAGGAGUCUAAUGAAGCUUUAGUAGAAACAAUAGAAAGAGCCACGGAAGAAGAGAAAGAGGUACGAUUAGAAAAUAAUGAAGAAGAUGAUACUAUGGAGGCAACAUGGAGGGCAAUUACAGGUGGAGGAAAAGAGAAGACUACGAAGAAGCAACUGGAAAAGAGAGAGACGUGGAACGUGGCACCACCAAUGAGGGCAGUGGCAGUGCAAAGCCACGACUUGGAGGAAUUGUACCAAUCAAUUCCAGCAUCAUGGAAGGAGCUAAGGAAAUCAGAGACAUUUAACGACGCAGUUUCACUAAGGCAAAGAGGUGGCUUAAGGAGAGAUCCUUCAAUGAGUGUGGAUUAUUUCAACAACCAAGUUGAGGCCUUUAUCAAGAAGUUCAAUGAGAGUAUACGGUUACAAAGGCAAGAAUCUGAUCAGCGAUUCAUAGAUAUGAUCAACGGAGGAUUGUAG